CCGAGUUACCGAUCGCGACUACGUUGCCGUGAAAGGCACAUUGACGCCAGCGCUGCGAUACCGCGGCUUUCAACAGGAACAGUUGUCCUCUGUCAUGAUUAGAUAGCAGUUCAGCACGAUCAGUACGCUGGCCGUUGGAUCCGGCCUUUUCGCACGAUCGAAAUGUCCGCCGCGAGUCCCCGGAAGUCGAUUGACAGCCUUGCCUCGGGUGCGUCUACGCCGUCAUUAUCCCAACAGUCCGCCAAUCCGUUCGAUUCGCCCCGGGUCCCGCUUCAGCGAAACAUCCCCCUGAGGAGAGGGUCGACUGCGAGCUCGGUUGUGAGCAUUGGAGGAGCUCUGGACUCGUCACAACAUCAUGGGUCAAUUGCGGAAGCAGGGCAGAAUGCGAUUUCCACCCUGCUCCAACCUCCGAUUGUCCGCACGGGACUGCUCCCUCACACUGCGGUGUCCUCUACCGGAUAUAAACCCCCAUCGUCUCGCGAUAUACCCCCGGUGACGUUGACAAAUAUACCCCAUGUCGAUCCGAAAGCGUUUCAACCAUAUAUGACCCAGGUGGGGUCACUGUACGAUGUAUUUCAACAAGCUAAGGAAAGCGCCGGAGAAGAAUCACAACUCGCGCGGGGAGGCAAGGGUCCCUCAAAGUCGGACGAUUUUGAUAGAUUCGGGUCCAGAUCGCAGGAACGACGACCGUCGACAUUGUCUAUUAGCUCACGUGCCAGCUCGCCAUACGAUGCUAGAGGUAGAAGACGGUCUUCUGGUGGACUAAGCCGUGGACAGGGAAUUACGCCGCUCUCUACGAUUCCGCCAUUAUACUUUGAGGAAGAGUUCCAUCUCGAAAACCCCCGGAUAUUCGAUGUGGUGUCGGAGAAAUCAGACAUAAUUAGGCCUCCUUCGAAUGGGGCUACCGGGGAGCCCGCGCCAAGUGGUAGAAAGGCCCUUGCUACGAACGCCAUUCUGCAGGAGAAACUGUCAUGGUACAUGGAUACAGUGGAAAUUCACCUUAUUUCGUCCAUCUCUACAGCGUCCAAAUCCUUCUUUUCAGCGCUAGGGUCCCUGCGUGAACUACACUCCGAAGCAGCAGACUCAGUAAAACGAAUACAAACAUUGCGGAAGGACCUCCAAAAGAUCGACCGGGAAAUGGCAUUAGGGGGCCUCAAGAUCGUCAACCUGCGACGUCGAAGGGAAAACGUUCGAAUGCUUGCCGACGCUGUGUCUCAACUUUGCGACGUGGUCGAGUCCGUCUCUCGGUGCGACCAGCUUGUGGAGAGCGGCGAAAUCGAGCAGGCUGCUGACGGCCUUGAGGAGGUUGAGAGAUUAAUGGCUGGAGAGCAUGCUGAUGGACGUCCUAGCGAAGACGGUGCUUCACCAGAGCGGAAGAGACGUAUUGAUUUGCGGGGGAUCAAAGCUCUAGAAGGUGCAUCCGACGACCUUGCGCAGUUGAGGUCCAAGAUCGGCGCGGGGUACGAGAGCCGAUUCUUGAGCGAACUCCUUGCGGAUCUAAGACAACAUGUAGACAAAGUGACGCUUGAUUCAACUUUGCGGCGAUGGGGGUCCUCUUUCCAGCGGCAACGUGGGGCCCAGCGCUCCGAUUCUACAAUAUCACCGGCCUAUAUGUCUUUUGAUGAUAAAUUCCGAUCGAAGUUAUUGACUCAGCUUACCGGACUCGCACGAACUCAUUAUACCACUCCUGCGACCACCUCAUUCAAAACCGCCGUUCUUCGAGAAAUGAAAGCAUUGAUCCGCAAACAGAUGCCCAGUUCCAGCGAUGAUGAUACCGAAUCAACAAUUUCUGUAUCUACGACUAGGUCCUCAUCACUUAGCCAGCAAGAAAAGUCGUCGAUUCUUGCGCGCAACCUCCGUGCAAUGGAUUCGGAGGAUUCCUACAGCAUGUUGAGCCGAGUAUACACCAACGUCAGCGAAUCCUUGCGGAGACUCAGCGUUCAAGUCAAGAUUCUCCUCGAUAUCGCGAGUGGUUUGGACAAUCCAUCUGAAUCCAAGUCCCGGUCUCCAAGCCCCGAUCCGCGAAGCACGGAGAGCCGCAGACGACCGACAAUAGUGGCACAGGAUGAAAUCUUGCAGGUUCUAGACAUGUCUAGUCUUUUGGGCCAGGCUGUGGACAUCGCCCAGUCCCAGAUAACCAAGGUCUUGAAAGUCCGGACUGAACAGACCUCUCAGCUCGCCAAGGAGGAUUUCCUGAAAUACUUCACCUUGAACCGGCUCUUCGCAGAUGAAUGCGAGGCGAUCUCCGGGAGAAGCGGCACUACCUUGAAAACCGUCGUGGGCAACCAGAUCCGGGACUACGUCACACGGUUCGGUGAGAACCAGCGACAUAGCCUUGUUGAGGUGAUGGACGCGGACCGAUGGGAUGCUAAGGAUUUUGGUGAUGCUGAAAAUGCAGUCUUGAGUCGUAUACUCGAUGCAAGUACCAAGGAUAUUGAGCCUUGGACACAUGCCUCGAAGAUCUGGCUAUCGGCCAAGACGAACGAUACGCCAGAGAACGGCACACCACCUGUGAAUGGCUCUGGCAAAGAAAAGGCGCGGAGUGCCCUGAUCGACGAACAGAAGUACAUCUUGUCACAAUCCGCCAUCGCCAUGAUGCGAAGCAUCGAGAGCUUUCAAUUCCUCAUGGCGAACAUCCCCAGCAUGAUCCAGGACAUCUCGUCUGGCCUCUUGGAGUCGCUCAAGCUCUUCAACUCGCGGUCAUCACAACUAAUCCUGGGCGCGGGAGCUACCCGAAGCGCGGGACUGAAGAACAUUACGACCAAGCACCUCGCCCUCUCAUCCCAAUCUCUAAGCUUCAUCAUCGCCCUGGUCCCAUACAUCCGGGAGUUUGUCCGCCGCCAAGCACCGUCCAGCCCGUUAAUGGGCGAAUUCGACAAAGUAAAGCGAUUAUACCAAGACCACCAGUCCGGCAUCCAUGAGAAACUAGUCGACAUUAUGAGCGCUCGCUCUAACGUGCACGUCAACGCGAUGAAGAAGAUCGACUGGGAUGCUGAUUCCGCAUUGAGCGGUGCGAAUGCAUACAUGGAGACUUUGACUAAGGAAACCGCAACGCUUCAUCGUGUUCUGAGCAAGAAUCUCCCGGAUAUAACUGUUACUAUGAUCAUGGAUCCCGUGUUUAGGAGUUACCGUGAUCAGUGGACGAAGGCGUAUGAAGAGAGAAAUCUGCGGACGGAGGCUGGGAAGCAACGAAUGCAACGCGACGCAGAAUACUUCCACACGAAGAUGGACAAGAUCGACGGAUCCGGAGAAUUGGGCAAGCGUCUCCUGGAACUGGUUCAGGCGAAGAACGUCGAGUCGGGCUCAAGGGAGAGGUCCAAUUCACCCAAGAAGAGCGAUGAUGGUUCAAAGUUAGGGACGAGCAACCAAUCCUGAUAAUUCAACAUUUGUACAGGGGCUACUGUUUGCCCGAGUUAUCUAGGACAUAUUUUACUAUAAUCAAGGAUUUUUGCGCAGGUUUGAAUCUCAUGUUACAGCAGAUGCUUUCGCAUACGCAUAUACAAGAACAGACUUUUUGAGUUGUUCACUUCAAUUCCGUAUAAAUAAUCAGUUCAGUAACAACUCCAACUCCAACCCUAAGGACCCUUUCAUAUCAUAAACAUAACGGAAACAAUAGCGCAUGCUUAGACCGUCCCAUGCAAAUUACAAAGUCACGAGCCCAGCUCAUGCAAAACUCAUCAAAUCGACAUCAUAACUCAUUCAUGCCUUGUGAGCACCAAGUCCCUUGUUCUCCCCAAGAGUCUUGGGCUCAUGACCACCCUUUCCGUCGUCGUGGCCGGCGCUGCCCUGGCCGCUGAGCGGGUUGCUAGCGGUACCGGUGCC